AUGACUUACGUCAACGAGCACAGCGUGCUUGGAGUGGGCAUUUUGUUCAUAGUCAAGGGCACGGUGGCCAUUACCACUCGCUUUUAUAUUCAAUGCAGGAGUAAAAGACUGGGAGUCGACGAUUGGCUUGCACUGGCAGCAUGGGUCCUCGUCACAGGAGAAGCCGUCAUCAUGAUAAUUGGCGCCGUAACGCACACGGUGGGCGCCCUCUCCCCUGUCGACAUCGGCGCAGCCAUCCUCUAUUACGACGGAUGGGACCGGAUCUUCUGGACACUGAUUGGCGUUGUAAUCGCCUGGGGGGUGACAUUUGUGAUUGCGCUGAUGACAACGUGUGGAGCGAUCAUCACGGCCAAUUUCGGCACCCUGAACGACCUCAUGACCAGUUGUAGCCAUAGCUUUGCCGUUCUGAUUGCGCCGUCGGCAUCGGACGUGGCCGUCGAUGUCAUCAUCUUAACCAUUCCACUGCCGCUGGUUCUGUCUCUCCACCUCAACUUGCACAAGGGCAUUGGUAUUAUAGUGGUGCUGCUUGUAGGGUCAAUGGCGACGGCGUGUGGCAUCGCGCGCAUGUCACUAUUCGCCGAGAUUCUCGGACCCACAUGUAUACUUUCCAUCACCACUGUCUCCGUAGCGAUGCUUUCUGGUUCCCAUACUAUUCAAAUACUCGCAGUGCUCUCCACUCAAACCGUAGGCGGCGUAUCCUCGACCGAUGACAUUGGCAUUGUCAGCAUCCUCAUGUUCGGGGGGAUGCUCGAAACCGGGGUGGCGAUCGUGGCGAUCUGCCUCCCCAUCCUGUACCGGAUCGUGCGCGACGUCUCCCCCGGUGCUCAGCUGCACAACCUGGUCACGUUCCGACAGCUGCGAACGUCGAAGGACGACGAUAGCUCGUCUCUAGAGGGUGCCAAGCCUGGGAACGAGUCCACCGUCGCUCUCCCGAAGUUGAUGCAUCCCGUCGUCACGGCUGAUGUGGUGCUCAAUGCGCAGCAGCAUUCACCGAGGAGCCAGAUCUGGGAGAUGAAAGAGAUUCAACGUACGGUUGAGGUGGUCUGA